UUCGGUAACGCAUUUAUCUUUGGCCGAUUUGUGUGUGUUAUCUGCACCACCGCGACGGCGGUCAGUAUCCAUCUAGACCGCCACCGACAAACAGUCUCCGCGGGACUCGCCACAGCCGCUACCAGUCACCGCGAUAACACGCGCGUCAACCAGAUUUUUUCGUGCCGGCUGGUUUCAUGUCACCCAAUACUCACGGACCAAUACCUCAAAUUGUAUCAAAAAUCCCGGAAUCUGAAACUACAGUUAUGAACUUAAACACCUCAGAGCGUCCCGAAAAUGAUAAAGUUUUAAAAACACACAACGAUGAUGAUCAAAGAAGAAAACCAAUGUUUUUAUUUAGCGUGGAUUAUAUAUUGAAUAAAGCUGGAGAGACGUCUGCCGAAGACGAUACUGAACAACAAAAUAAACAGCAUUUUGACUGGUUGUAUUGUACACGAUUCAAGCCUCCAAAACUCGACAGGAUAAAAAGGAAAGAUGGGCAACAUAGACAGAAACGGAGACCAGGACGUAAUCCGAGAAUACCAUUUACAACUCAACAAGUUACAGUAUUGGAACAUGAAUUCCGGCGGAGCGCAUAUUUAGGAGGAACUAACGAUGUACAUGUAUUGUCUGACAGAUUACGACUAUCGGAAAGCAGAAUAAAAAUAUGGUUUCAAAACCGUAGGGCCAGAGAACGCAGAGAUCAUCAUAGUGGAAGUUUAUCUGGAUCAUCUAGUACUAACUCUACUAACUAUUCUUCUCAACAACAACGACUCCCAAUAUCAUCUACGUCUGCGUUCAAACCAUUGAUGCCAUCACACACUUAUGUUGAAGGAAAUGAUUCUUCGUCUUGAAAAUCAAACUGAUAAAAUAUGUCUUAGCAAACAUAAUUAAUUUAAAAUUGUAAAAUGUUCCCUGCAAACUUUACAUAGAAUAUUAGUUUGUAUCAUUUUAAUGUAAUGUGAUUUAUAUAUAAUUUCAAUUUUUUUCUAUAGCUCAACUUCUUAUACGUUGCACGUUGUAUUGACUAUUGUUUUAAAUUACGUACCCAACAAUCUUAUGUAAUAUAAAGUAAUUUAAUGUAAAUUUGAAAACGACUAAACUAUUUUGAUUGAGUGACAAAUAUAUGUGUAACAAAAUUUUUGUCGUACCUAUUUGUUGUAUUCACAAUUUAAAGCAUUGGAAAAUUUUAACUGAAUGUAAAUAUUUUAAAAUUGUAUAAAAAUAAAUAUAUUGUUUGAAUAUUA